GUGACUGAGUGCGGCGGAUGCGGGCGUCGGCUCCGGGCCGUAGUCGCAGCCGGAGCUGUUUCCGCGCACCCGGAGCGGGAGCCGGCGGCAGGGCGCGGGGCAGAGUGUUGUGCUAACCAUGGCAUCUGGAGAUGACAGUCCUAUCUUUGAAGAUGAUGAAAGCCCUCUUUAUAGCCUGGAAAAGAUGACAGAUCUUGUAGCUGUUUGGGAUGUUGCUUUAAGUGAUGGAGUCCACAAGAUUGAAUUUGAACAUGGGACCACAUCAGGCAAACGAAUUGUGUAUGUGGAUGGGAAGGAAGAGAUAAGAAAGGAGUGGAUGUUCAAGUUAGUGGGCAAAGAGACAUUUUAUGUUGGAGCUGCAAAAGCAAAAGCAACCAUAAAUAUCGAUGCUGUCAGUGGUUUUGCUUAUGAAUAUACUCUGGAAAUCGAUGGGAAAAGCCUCAAGAAGUACAUGGAGAACAGAUCAAAAACUACCAACACCUGGAUAUUGAACUUGGAUGGUGAGGACUUUAGAGUUGUUUUGGAAAAAGACACCAUGGAUGUAUGGUGCAAUGGUAAAAAGAUGGAGACAGCGGGUGAGUUUGUAGACGACGGGACGGAAACACACUUCAGUGUUGGGAGCCAUGACUGCUGUAUAAAAGCUGUCAGUAGUGGGAAGAGGAAAGAAGGGAUUGUUCACACACUCAUUGUGGAUAACAGGGAAAUCCCAGAGAUUCUUAAGUGACUUCUCGUUAAUGAAUUUUGAACUGAAGAAGUGACAUCAGGACUUGUGAAUGGCUGUGGUAAUUAAAUGUCUUCAGUAUGUACAUAUCAGUAGAUUUAGUCUGCAAUUUUUUUUUUUGUUGUUACGUGAAACUGUAAUAUUCCAACAGUCAGGACAAACGUGGAACCAUAAAAUUUACAAUUUAUUUUUUAAAUAAAGUGUUUUAAAUUCAAGUGGAGAAUAAGAUAUGGACCAAAAUCACUAACACAUCACAACAAAUAACUUUUACUAUAGUAAAUACUGUAAAAUAAAAUUGGUGCUGCUGA